AGUUCUGUGUUGGACAGAAGGGCAUGGUCAUGUGGUUAAUACAAGUCAGUUUAUUAGUGCUUGGAGCAGUUCUAUUGGCUGAUGCAGAUUUGUCACAUUCAGGCAAAUGGCUAAAUCCUCGGUCUCCUUGGUCUCCUGGAACGUAUUACUCACAAAACCAAGUGCAUGCUUCUUCCCCUUAUGACUCCAGAAAGACUCCUUGGGGCUAUGGUAGGAUUGAGCCGAACAGGGUCUUGAACAUGCCUCAACCUCCAGUAACGUUCUAUCGUUGGGGCUUUCGUGAGAAAUCAGAUGUAAAUCAUGGGUACAAACGAGAGCAGAAUCCUCUUCAGGAUCGUAAACAACACCUUGCAGAGUAUUAUGUGCAAUCCCCAGGAAGGCAUCCUGCUCAGGAUCCUGUGUCUGCUUCUCCUGAGCUUCCGUCUCUGGUAAGUGGUCCAAACCCACCAGCCUGGAAUCUAGUUCAGACUCCUGUGCCAGAACCUGUGUUGGCACCAGUCCAGGAAUCUGAUCCAAGUCCUCUGCCAGUGCCUGUCCAAGCUCCUGCAGAAAGGAGCAGCCUAAACAAUGUGCCAGUCUGGAUUCCAGUUCAGAGUUCUUUGUUGGUGCCUGCCCAGAAUCUUUCACUGCCAAGUGGUCCAAAUGCAGUAGUGCAGCAUGCCCCGGAUCCAGUUUACACACCUGUACCAGUGCCUCCCCAAAAUUUUCCAUUGCUGAGUGAUCUAAGCACAGGGCUGGGGCCUGCCCAGAAUCCUCAGCUGCCAAGUGGUCCAAGUUCAGUGCUGCAGGCUGCCCAGGAUCCACGUCCUGCAUCUGUGCCUGUGCCUUUCCAGAGUCUUCCACAACUGAGCGAUCCAAGCACAGGCUCUGGGCCUGCCUAUGAUCCUAGCCUCGUGCCAGUGCCUGCCCAGAAUCCUCAGCUGCCAAGUGGUCCAAGUUCAGUGCUGCAGGCUGCCCAGGAUCCACGUCCUGCAUCUGUGCCUGUGCUUUUCCAGAGUCUUUCACAAUUGAGCGAUCCAAGCACAGGCUCUGGCCCUGCCUAUUAUCCCAGUCUUUUGCCAAUGCCUGCCCAGAAUCCUCAGCUGCCAAGUGGUCCAAGUUCAGUGCUGCAGGCUGCUCAGGACCCAAGUCCUGUGCCUUUCCAGAGUCUUCCACAAUUGAGUGAUCCAAGCACAGGCUCGGGGCCUGCCUAUUAUCCCAGUCUUGAGCCAAUGCCUGCCCAGAAUCCUCAGCUGCCAAGUGGACCAAGUUCAGUGCUGCAGGCUGCCCAGGAUCCACGUCCUGCAUCUGUGCCUGUGCUUUUCCAGAGUCUUUCACAAUUGAGCGAUCCAAGCACAGGCUCUGGGCCUGCCUAUUAUCCCAGUCUUGUGCCAAUGCCUGCCCAGAAUCCUCAGCUGCCAAGUGGUCCAAGUUCAGUGCUGCAGGCUGCCCAGGAUCCACAUCCUGUGCCUUUCCAGAGUCUUCCACAAUUGAGUGAUCCAAGCACAGGCUCUGGGCCUGCCUAUGAUCCCAGUCUUGUUCCAGUGCCUGCCCAGAAUCCUCAGCUGCCAAGUGGUCCAAGUACAGUACUGCUGCCAUUCCAGGAUCCAUAUCCUGCAUCUGUGCCUUUCCAGAGUCUUCCACAAUUGAGUGAUCCAAGCACAGGCUCGGGGCCUGCCUAUUAUCCCAGUCUUGAGCCAAUGCCUGCCCAGAAUCCUCAGCUGCCAAGUGGACCAAGUUCAGUACUGCUGCCUGCCCAGGCUCCACGUCCUGCAUCUGUGCCUGUGUCUUUCCAGAGUCUUUCACAAUUGAGCGAUCCAAGCACAGGCUCUGGGCCUGCCUAUUAUCCCAGUCUUUUGCCAAUGCCUGCCCAGAAUCCUCAGCUGCCAAGUGGUCCAAGUUCAGUGCUGCAGGCUGCCCAGGAUCCACAUCCUGUGCCUUUCCAGAGUCUUCCACAAUUGAGUGAUCCAAGCACAGGCUCUGGGCCUGCUUAUGAUCCUAGCCUUGUGCCAGUGCCUGCCCAGAAUCCUCAGCUGCCAAGUGGUCCAAGUUCAGUGCUGCAGGCUGCUCAGGAUCCAAGUCCUGUGCCUUUCCAGAGUCUUCCACAAUUGAGUGAUCCAAGCACAGGCUCUGGGCCUGCCUAUGAUCCCAGUCUUGUGCCAAUGCCUGCCCAGAAUCCUCAGUUGCCAAGUGGUCCAAGUACAGUACUGUUCCCUGCCCAGGAUCCACGUCCUGUGCUUUUCCAGAGUCUUCCACAAUUGAGUGAUCCAAGCACAGGCUCUGGGCCUGCCUAUUAUCCCAGUCUUGUGCCAAUGCCUUCCCAGAAUCCUCAGCUGUCAAGUGGUCCAAGUUCAGUGCUGCAGGCUGCCCAGGAUCCACGUCCUGCAUCUGUGCCUGUGCCUUUCCAGAGUCUUCCACAAUUGAGUGAUCCAAGCACAGGCUCUGGGCCUGCCUAUGAUCCCAGUCUUGUGCCAGUGCCUUCCCAGAAUCCUCAGUUGCCAAGUGGUCCAAGUUCAGUGCUGCUGCCUUCUCAGGAUCCACGUCCUGCAUCUGUGCCUGUGCCUUUCCAGAGUCUUCCACAAUUGAGUGAUCCAAACACAGGCUCUGGGCCUGCCUAUUAUCCCAGUCUUUUGCCAAUGCCUGCCCAGAAUCCUCAGCUGCCAAGUGGUCCAAGUAUAGUACUGCUGCCUGUCCAGGAUCCAUAUCCUGCGUCUGUGCCUUUCCAGAGUCUUACACAAUUACAGAAUCAAAGCACAGGCUUGGGGCCUGCCUAUUAUCCUAGCCUCGUGCCAGUGCCUGCCCAGAAUCCUCAGCUGCCAAGUGGUCCAAGUUCAGUGCUGCAGGCUGCCCAGGAUCCACGUCCUGCAUCUGUGCCUGUGCUUUUCCAGAGUCUUCCACAAUUGAGUGAUCCAAGCACAGGCUCUGGGCCUGCCUAUUAUUAUCCCAGUCUUGAGCCAGUGCCUGCCCAGAAUCCUCAGUUGCCAAGUGGUCCAAGUACAGUACUGCUCCCUGUCCAGGAUCCAUAUCCUGUGUCUGUGCCUUUGCCUUUCCAGAGUCUUCCACAGUUACAGGAUCCAAGCACGGGAUCAUGGCCUGCCUCUGACCUGAGUCUUGUGCCAGUGCCUGCCCAGAAUCCUCAGCUGCCAAGUGGUCCAAGUUCAGUACUGCUGCCUGCCCAGGAUCCACAUCCUGCAUCUGUGCCUGUGCCUUUCCAGAGUCUUCCACAGUUACAGGAUCCAAGCACGGGAUCAUGGCCUGCCUCUGACCUGAGUCUUGUGCCAGUGCCUGCCCAGAAUCCUCAGCUGCCAAGUGGUCCAAGUUCAGUGCUGCAGGCUGCUCAGGAUCCACGUCCUGUGCCUUUCCAGAGUCUUCCACAAUUGAGUGAUCCAAGCCCAGGCUCAGGCCCUGCCUAUGAUCCUAGCCUCGUGCCAGUGCCUGCCCAGAAUCCUCAGCUGCCAAGUGGUCCAAGUUCAGGUUCUCUGCCUGCCCAGGAUCCACAUCCUGUGCCUUUCCAGAGUCUUCCACAAUUGAGUGAUCCAAGCACAGGAUCAUGGCCUGCCUAUGAUCCCAGUGUUGUGCCAAUGCCUGCCCAGAAUCCUCAGCUGCCAAGUGGUCCAAGUACAGUACUGCUGCCUGCCCAGGAUCUACGUCCUGUGCCUUUCCAGAGUCUUCCACAAUUACAGGAUCAAAGCACAGGCUUGGGGCCUGCCUAUUAUCCUAGCCUCGUGCCAGUGCCUGCCCAGAAUCCUCAGCUGCCAAGUGGUCCAAGUACAGUACUGCUGCCUGCCCAGGAUCUACGUCCUGUGCCUUUCCAGAGUCUUCCACAAUUACAGGAUCAAAGCACAGGCUUGGGGCCUGCCUAUUAUCCCAGUCUUGAGCCAGUGCCUGCCCAGAAUCCUCAGUUGCCAAGUGGUCCAAGUACAGUACUGCUGCCUGUCCAGGAUCCAAAUCCUGCGUCUGUGCCUUUCCAGAGUCUUCCACAAUUGAGUGAUCCAAGCACAGGCUCUGGGCCUGCCUAUUAUUAUCCCAGUCUUGAGCCAGUGCCUGCCCAGAAUCCUCAGUUGCCAAGUGGUCCAAGUACAGUACUGCUCCCUGUCCAGGAUCCAUAUCCUGUGUCUGUGCCUUUCCAGAGUCUUCCACAAUUGAGUGAUCCAAGCACAGGCUCUGGGCCUGCCUAUUAUUAUCCCAGUCUUGAGCCAGUGCCUGCCCAGAAUCCUCAGUUGCCAAGUGGUCCAAGUACAGUACUGCUCCCUGUCCAGGAUCCACAUCCUGCAUCUGUGCCUGUGCCUUUCCAGAGUCUUCCACAGUUACAGGAUCCAAGCACGGGAUCAUGGCCUGCCUCUGACCUGAGUCUUGUGCCAGUGCCUGCCCAGAAUCCUCAGCUGCCAAGUGGUCCAAGUUCAGUACUGCUGCCUGCCCAGGAUCCACAUCCUGCAUCUGUGCCUGUGCCUUUCCAGAGUCUUCCACAAUUACAGGAUCCAAGCAUAGGAUCGUGGCCUGCCUAUGACUCCAGUCUUGUGCCAGUGCCUGCCCAGAAUCUUCAGCUGCCAAGUGGUCCAAGUUCAGUGCUGCCUGCUCAGGAUCCACGUCCUGUGCCUUUCCAGAGUCUUCCACAAUUACAGGAUCAAAGCACAGGCUCAGGCCCUGCCUAUAAUUAUCCCAGUCUUGAGCCAAUGCCUGCCCAGAAUCCUCAGUUGCCAAGUGGUCCAAGUACAGUACUGCUGCCUGUCCAGGAUCCAUAUCCUGCGUCUGUGCCUUUCCAGAGUCUUCCACAAUUGAGUGAUCCAAGCACAGGAUCAUGGCCUGCCUAUGAUCCCAGUGUUGUGCCAAUGCCUGCCCAGAAUCCUCAGCUGCCAAGUGGUCCAAGUUCAGUAUUGCAGUCUGCUCAGGAUCCACGUCCUGUGCCUUUCCAGAGUCUUCCACAAUUGAGUGAUCCAAGUACAGACUCUGGGCCUGCCUAUGAUCCUAGCCUCGUGCCAGUGCCUGCCCAGAAUCCUCAGCUGCCAAGUGGUCCAAGUUCAGUGCUGCAGGCUGCUCAGGAUCCACAUCCUGUGCCUUUCCAGAGUCUUCCACAAUUACAGGAUCAAAGCACAGGCUCUGGGCCUGCUUAUGAUCCUAGCCUUGUGCCAGUGCCUGCCCAGAAUCCUCAGCUGCCAAGUGGUCCAAGUUCAGUGCUGCAGGCUGCUCAGGAUCCAAGUCCUGUGCCUUUCCAGAGUCUUCCACAAUUGAGUGAUCCAAGCACAGGCUCUGGGCCUGCCUAUGAUCCCAGUCUUGUGCCAAUGCCUGCCCAGAAUCCUCAGUUGCCAAGUGGUCCAAGUACAGUACUGUUCCCUGCCCAGGAUCCAAGUCCUGUGCCUUUCCAGAGUCUUCCACAAUUGAGUGAUCCAAGCACAGGCUCUGGGCCUGCCUAUUAUCCCAGUCUUGUGCCAAUGCCUUCCCAGAAUCCUCAGCUGUCAAGUGGUCCAAGUUCAGUGCUGCAGGCUGCCCAGGAUCCACGUCCUGCAUCUGUGCCUGUGCCUUUCCAGAGUCUUCCACAAUUGAGUGAUCCAAGCACAGGCUCUGGGCCUGCCUAUGAUCCCAGUCUUGUGCCAGUGCCUUCCCAGAAUCCUCAGUUGCCAAGUGGUCCAAGUUCAGUGCUGCUGCCUUCUCAGGAUCCACGUCCUGCAUCUGUGCCUGUGCCUUUCCAGAGUCUUACACAAUUACAGAAUCAAAGCACAGGCUUGGGGCCUGCCUAUUAUCCUAGCCUCGUGCCAGUGCCUGCCCAGAAUCCUCAGCUGCCAAGUGGUCCAAGUUCAGUGCUGCAGGCUGCCCAGGAUCCACGUCCUGCAUCUGUGCCUGUGCUUUUCCAGAGUCUUCCACAAUUGAGUGAUCCAAGCAUAGGCUCUGGGCCUGCCUAUGAUCCUAGCCUUGUGCCAAUGCCUGCCCAGAAUCCUCAGCUGCCAAGUGGUCCAAGUUCAGUUCUGCUGCCUGCUCAGGAUCCACGUCUUGUGCCUUUCCAGACUCUUCCACAAUUGAGUGAUCCAAGCACAGGCUCUGGGCCUGCCUAUGAUCCCAGUCUUGUGCCAAUGCCUGCCCAGAAUCCUCAGCUGUCAAGUGGUCCAAGUACAGUACUGCUGCCUGUCCAGGAUCCAUAUCCUGCAUCUGUGCCUUUCCAGAGUCUUCCACAAUUGAGUGAUCCAAGCACAGGCUCUGGGCCUGCCUAUGAUCCCAGUCUUGUGCCAAUGCCUGCCCAGAAUCCUCAGCUGUCAAGUGGUCCAAGUACAGUACUGCUGCCUGUCCAGGAUCCAUAUCCUGCGUCUGUGCCUUUCCAGAGUCUUCCACAAUUACAGGAUCCAAGCACAGGCUCUGGGCCUGCCUAUUAUUAUCCCAGUCUUGAGCCAGUGCCUGCCCAGAAUCCUCAGCUGCCAAGUGGUCCAAGUACAGUACUGCUGCCUGUCCAGGAUCCAUAUCCUGCGUCUGUGCCUUUCCAGAGUCUUCCACAAUUACAGGAUCAAAGCACAGGCUCGGGGCCUGCCUAUUAUUAUCCCAGUCUUGAGCCAGUGCCUGCCCAGAAUCCUCAGUUGCCAAGUGGUCCAAGUUCACUGCUGCAGGCUGCCCAGGAUCCACGUCCUGUGCCUUUCCAGAGUCUUCCACAAUUACAGGAUCAAAGCACAGGCUUUGGGCCUGCCUAUUAUCCUAGCCUCGUGCCAGUGCCUGCCCAGAAUCCUCAGCUGCCAAGUGGUCCAAGCACUGGUCCAGCAUCCGGCAUGAGCCCUGACCUGACAAGUAGUCCAAGUGAUGUGCUCUUGACUUCACCUCAGGCCUCGCUUUGGAGUCUAGGUCAGACUUCUGCUCAGUCUCCAGGACUGUCUUCUGCUCAAGCACCUAAUCCCAUGCUGUAUCCAGAUCCUCUGAAGCCCCCCCAAUUGCAAGUCCAUUUACCCACUGAACCCUUAAAGAAGUUACUGUGGCGGUUUCCCAAAGCUCCAGAAAGGCCUAAGCAAUUUCCGGUGCAGUUUAACUUGCGGCAGCCUACCCCAGUCAACAGUGUGGCUGCUGCAUGUGGGGAGAGUAUGGUGCAUGUGGAGGUGAAGCAAGAUUUCUUUGGAAAUGGUAUGCUCGUAAACCCUAGUUCUCUGACGCUUGGAGGCUGUGCAGCAUCAGGACUGGACUCUGCAGCCCGAGUGCUCAUCUUUAACUCUGAACUCCAGGCUUGUGGUAGUGUACUAACGAUGACGGAAGAUUACCUUAUCUACAGCUUUCACCUCCUCUACCGCUCUGAACCUCUGGUUGGUACUUCAAUUGUCCGAACAGGAAGAGUCAAUGUUCAGAUUGAUUGUCACUACUCAAGGAAGCACAAUGUGAGCAGUAUUGCUGUGUCCCCUACAUGGGUGCCGUAUUCCUCUACAGUGGCAGCGGAAGAGCAUUUGGUCUUCACCAUGAAGCUCAUGACUGAUGACUGGCAGUAUGAGAGACCAUCGAAUCAAUACUUCCUUGGCGAGGUCAUGAAGAUUGAGGCAUCUUUGACACAGUUUAACCAUGUACCUCUCCGUGUAUUUGUGGACCACUGUGUGGCAACUGCAGUUCCUGACAUUAAUGCUGUUCCCAGAUACACAUUUAUUGAGAACCAUGGAUGCUUGGUUGAUGCCAAGAUAACGGGCUCCAACUCUGAAUUUAUGAAACGGGUUCAAGAUGAUAAGCUGCAGUUUCAGUUGGAAGUGUUCAGAUUUGAACAAACCAACAGUAGUAUGCUGUACAUCACAUGUUUCCUGAAAGCCUCUACAACUUUACGGAAGACUGAUGCUGAACACAAGGCUUGCUCCUUUGAGACCAAUGGGUGGGCUGCUGCAGAUGGUAAUGACCAGGAUUGUAACUGUUGUGAUGGAGAAUGUGUCUCCAGGAAGGCGAGAAGUGUGCCCACUGAUGAAGAUCAGUAUUUUGAAACGGAAGUCUCUUUGGGCCCCAUCUUGGUUGAGGAUGAUGACCACUUGUUGCAAUGAGUCAAUAGUGUUUCUUAAAAUUUUUAUAAAUAAAUAUGGGGAAAUUUGAA